UAGGUGGUUCCCACAAUGCUUUGCGGCAGGCGGACGUGGUCCUGCGGCCGAUGCCGCGGCUCCGGUGAGGCAGGGAGUUCGAAACGGUCGGCUACACCUCGCAGAGCAGUUGCCUAGCAACAGACCCAGGCCCGCCUGACCACCCGGGCGUGCGGGGUGCGCAGAGGCGGCUCAGGUGGGAACUGGGGCCGGGAUGGGGCGGGGCGCCCCUCCCCCGGGGGCCCCGGGUGCGACAGCGAUGGGCUUCCCCCGGGUGCAGGUUUUCAUUAAAUCGGUUGGCAAUGUCUAUGAUCUUAUCUGCCUCAGUGGUCCGUGUUAGAGAUGGGCUCCCGCUAUCUGCCUCUACAGAUUAUGAGCAAAGCAUGGGAAUGCAGCAAUGUAGAAAAUAUUUUAAAACACUCUCAAAGAAGCUUGCUCAGCUUCCUGAUAGAUGUAUGCUGAAAGCGGGCCAGUAUAAUAUAAGUUUUAUUAGCUCUCUGGGAGUGAGCUACAUGAUGCUGUGCACUGAAAAUUACCCCAGUGUUCUGGCUUUCUGCUUCCUGGAUGAGCUUCAGAAAGAGUUCAUCACCACAUACAAUAUGAUGAGGACAAAUACUGCCAUCCGACCAUACUGUUUCAUAGAGUUUGAUAAUUUUAUUCAAAGGACCAAGCAGAGAUAUAAUAACCCACGGUCUCUGUCGACAAAGAUAAAUCUUGCUGACAUGCAGACAGAAAUCAAGCUGAGACCACCUUAUCAAAUUUCCAUGUCUGAACUUGGUUCAACUAAUGGAUUUGCACACUUAUCUGCUGCAGAGUUUAAGGGUACUGGUAAGAUAUCUACUGCUCCUCAUCAACGACUGGAAGCUGUUACUCUGCCAGGGAUUGUUUCAUUUAUACUGAGCCUGUUAUGUGGGGCUUUGAAUUUAAUUAGAGGGUUUCAUGCCAUAGAAAGUCUUCUGCAGAAUGAGGGUGAAGAUUUCAGUUAUGUCAUUGCGUUUUUCCUUGGAACAGCAGCCUGCUUGUAUCAGCACAGCUGCAUGCUGUCUGUGUUCUGUGGAUCCUUGAUGAGCCAUGGCAUCCUCUGCCCUGCUGCUUUAAAUAGCAGCCAUGCAGAAGAUUCAAGGGAGCAUCAAAGAUCAGAAGGCAUUGGUCAACAUGCAGCUGAGUGUUACUUAUUUUUAUAUUGCACAAGCUGGCGGAAUGUCAAAUCUUUCCUGACUUUUGGUUUAAUUUGCCUAUGUAACAUGUAUCUGUAUGAACUGCGCAAUCUCUGGCAGCUCUUCUUCCACGUGACAGUGGGAGCAUUUUCAGCAUUACAAAUACGACUAAGACAACCACAAGGGAAGUCCCCUGAUUACAAUGUCUGACCCAAGUCCUGGGAUGUCCCAAGGCAGUCUUGGUCCACCCAUGGUUCCCUCUCAGGAAUGAAAAGCUUUUCUCCAAAAGAAGAAGUUGGUGGUGGUUUUUUUUGUUUGUUUGUUUUUUUGUUUUUAAAGAUCAACGCAAGAUGCCUGUGGACGUUUGUGACUUGAGAAUUUAGACUUAUCCUCAUUGAAGACUGAAGACACAAAGAAUACAGGAUUAGUAGAGGAAAAUGGGUCCUUUUCCAUGCAGAGAAUUGUCCCUUGAGGACAAAUAAAAGUUUGGAGAACUUGACUGAUAGUAGGAAAAAGCCUCCUUCAAAAGUAUGAUAAUGGCAAAGAUGUGUGUAUAUGUAGGGCAUGUUCUGCAUAUCAAGUGAGCGUUCCAAUUCCAAAAUCAGUGUUGCCUUUGUGAGGCAGUAGUAUAGGCUGAAUACAAAGAUGCUAUUGCAUAUUAACAGACUAGAUUGGAAUGAGUGAGUUACUAAAUGUGAGAAUAUUGGAUUGCACAUUAAAUUUAAUGGGAUGUGUGUAUGUGUUUUCUUAAUUAAAGCCUAACCUGGAAACCAUCUGUUUAUGGGGAUUAGCUCCUUGGUCCCAGUGGCCUUCCAUCUAGUCCUGAGUUAACUAUAAAUCUUCGUAAAUAUUUUUCUCUGUAUAAUUUGCUUUUAAUGCUCUUUUGAAAGUGACCUUUAUGGACAAGUUUUAUUUAAGUAAACAACCUAAAAUUCUG